CUUGACAAAAUUGUUUGGUAACCCAAAAUCUGGUCGUUUAAUCGGACACAGAAGAAGCGUAACAAGGUCGAAGCUAACUGUUGUUAAUAUGUGUAAUAGCAAGAUCUCCAAGUUAGAAGAAGAGCAACAGAAUAUGAAGCUCAAAAUGACUGAAAUGAUGAAUCUACUUAAAGAACACUUGGUUGGUGGUAAAGUGACACCAAGCGAAGGACAGUCUCGCAAUGUACCGCAGUCAAACAAUAUUCAGUCCCCUAAGAGUAUUGCACUAGAAAAAAGACAUAACUUUACAGAAGGGAAGAAUGCUUGCUACUUGCUUGACUGGGCAAAUAGGCCUCCACCUGUACCAUCAUGGGAUGCAAGCAAAGAGGAACAUGAGAAAUAUGCUGAUUGGAUGAGAACAAAUCACAUGGCGAGAUUUUACUGUCUUGGUACCAUGGAAGAGAAGCUAAGGAAAAAGUUCGAACACAUUGAAUAUGCUUGUGAUUGGUGGGAUGCUACAUUUAAGGAUUUACAAACAAGACCACAAUCACGAAAAAUGUAG